GGUUCGGGCGGUGGGUAGCGGUGCCUCAAUGUGGCAAGCAAAAUAAACAAAAACAAAACAAAUACUCCAUGUAAUGUUUUCAAUUGACACUGGAUCUGAUUAUGAAUUUGAAAAUACGUUUAUUUCGGGAAAUUUGACCGAAACAUGGACAGCGAACUCUCCAAGAAAACUCGACCUCGGGAGCUCCCGCCUCUACCACAGAGGGGACAAAGGGGCCUUCUCUCAGGGCCAAGUGGAGAAUCAACCGAAGCGGCCAAGCAGAAGAAGAAGAGAGUGGUGAGAAAAGAGGCGGAUGGAGCAGCGGAUGGCGACGAUCAGGAAAUGGAGAUGGAAGGCCGGGGCAGCAGAAGGACCUCUGAGGUGAAUGACCGUCUUUCAGUUGAGACAAUGACGGGUGGACCCCCUCAGAGGAAGAGGAAGAAGAAAAAGACAGCAGCGACUCUAGAUCAUGAAGAUGACCAAGCUGAUCUGGUGAAUGGAGACACGAUGGAUCAGACUACUGAUGAAGAACAAGUUAAAAAACCCAAAAGGAAGAAGAAGUCCAAAGUUGCCGAGUCGUCGAUUCCUGAUGAAUUGGAUGUGGAAGAGGAUGACAUCAUCACCGACAUGCCUUGCUAUAUACCGCAGCAUUCCCUCUUCUCUGCCCCGCAAGGACAGAGUCAGCCCGUCGGAAAGGUCUUUGUGGAGCGCAGCAAGCGCUUCCAGGCAGCAGACCGAUCAGAAUGGAGGAAGACCAGUGAGCAGAUGGAAAACCUCAACGACUUCCAGCCCAUGCAAACGCGCCUGACCACCAGAGAUGUUUCUAUCAAGGUGCACAAGAACUUCAGGAUUUUCGCUCUCUACUGUCACGGCUUCCUGGCAGGAUUUGCCGUGUGGAACAUCGUGGUGGUGUUCGUGUUAGCUGGCCAGCACCUCACGGCUUGGUCCAACCUGCUGGAGCAAUACCACUGCCUGGCUUACCCGUCACAGUGUCUGCUUUACAUGCUGCUGGCCAUCAGCACCGUGGCUGCUUUUGACAGAGUCAACCUGGCAAAGAGCUCCAUGGCACUGCAGGAGCUGGUCACACUGGACCCAGUGGCUCUCGCUUCCUUCUUGUAUUUCUCAGCAUUGGUGCUCUCCCUUAGCCUCCAAAUGACAAGUGACCGCAUCAAUCUGUACCCAGACAACAACGCAACGCUAUGGCGACCGGGGUCCGAGCAUCAAAUUCUCCACCCAUGGGUGACAGUCAACCUCGUGGUGGCGCUGCUGGUGGGCCUAGCCUGGAUCUUCAUCUCCAUCCGACCAGCGACCGACUACACCGAAAACUAUUUGAUGGCCAUGCAAAUUGAACCCCCCAAGGAAGAGGAGAAAUCGGAAAUGAGCGCCUGAUUAUUACAGACUGUACAACCUUUGUCAAUUUUUUGCUCCGUAUUUAUACAAAUAAAUCUGAAUGUGUUUCAGAUUUA